GCAUAGCUGAUCAACACUAAGUGGGCACCAGAGAUCUGAAAAUUGAGAUUCGAAGUGAGGCGUUUUCCUACUACAAUAUUACACCUUCUUGUGUGACUGAUCGACUCAAGUUAAUCAUCAUGAAACCAUCACGGGGUAAAACUCCAAAGAAACCACCACGCAAAGCUCAGAACAAAGACCCAGUCGAGGUCUACUGCCGGCUGCGUCCCAUCAGUGAUGAUCUAGACAGCUGUGUCACCAUUGUCAAUAGCAACACCAUUCAGUUGAAGCCACCAGAGAUUUCCUUGGCUGUCAAGAAUGGAAACUACAAAGAGACGAAGCAUACCUUCAAGUUUGUCUUCCCCGAGCAAAUAUCGCAGAAGGCAUUGUUUGACCACGUGGCACUACCCCUCGUGGAUGAUCUACUCCAUGGAAAAAACGCCUUGUUGUUCAUGUAUGGCAUCACUAGCUCAGGUAAGACCUACACCAUGCAAGGCACACCAGGAGAUGGUGGCAUCCUACCAAGAUGUCUUGAUGUUCUCUUCAAUAGUCUGGGUGACCUCCAGGCCAGGAAAUAUGUGUUCAAGCCGGACAGGGCUAACGGCUUUGAUGUUCAGACAGAGGCUGAUGCUAUGAUGGAAAGACAAAAGAAGGAACUCUUAGCCCCGCCCCCGACACCUAAAAGCACACCCAAGACACCAAGAAGGUACGGGCUGAGCCAGGCUAGGAAACCACCUCAGAAUGACAUUGCCACGAUGGUCAGGGUACCAGACACCAAUCGCAUCAGUACUGUGGACGAAGACAAUAACUACAGUGUGUAUGUCUCCUACAUUGAGAUCUACAACAAUUACAUCUAUGACUUACUGGAGGACACGCAGUCUGACGGAAUUAGCCAGAAGCAAUGGCAGACGCCAAAGUCAAGAGAUGACAAUGCCAUAUCCCUGCAGUCCAAGACCCUACGCGAGGACAGUAACCAUAACAUGUACGUGGCCAACUGCACUGAAAUUGAAGCGAAGAACACGGAAGAAGCCUAUGGAGUCUUCAUGAAAGGUCAGAGACGAAGGAAGGUUGCCCACACACAGCUGAACACAGAGUCUAGCCGUAGUCACAGUGUCUUCAACAUCAGGCUUGUCCAAGCUCCCCUAGACCCAGUAGGGGAAGAAGUCCUGCAGGACAAGGAACAGGUGUGUGUGGCUCAGCUCUCCUUAGUGGAUCUUGCCGGCAGUGAGCGAACGGGACGAACCCAGAACUCUGGCGACAGACUAAGGGAAGCAGGCAACAUCAAUGCCUCACUGAUGACUCUCAGGACAUGCAUUGAAGUAUUGAGAGAAAAUCAGAUGAGCAACACUAACAAGAUUGUUCCAUAUCGGGACUCAAAAGUGACCCAUCUAUUCAAGAAUUACUUUGAUGGUGAGGGUAAGGUGCGCAUGGUGGUUUGUGUCAAUCCACAGGCUGCUGACUAUGAUGAAACCACGCAUGUCAUGCGCUUUGCCGAGGUGACUCAAGAGGUACAAGUGGCCCGACCAACGGCCAUCAAAUUUGACAUUGGCUUGACACCAGGCAGAAGAAGAGCUAACCAGAUAUACAAGAAGAUGUUGGAAGAUGGUGCAGAUCUUGAGAACCUUCCAAUUCAGACACCAGUCAUUAUCAAUCUGGGUCCAGCAUUCCCCUGCUUAGAGGUUAAUGACCCCAAUGAAGACAGCAUUCUACAGAAUCUUAUCACCUUCUUGGCCGAGCGUGAAAAGAGACGACACACACUGCAGGAAGAGCUUACUCGCAAGCAGGGCGCUUUCCGGGCUCGCCUGAUGGAGAUGGAACGAGAAAUGGAGACUCUGAAACAACAAAACAGCGAGCUGAACAUGAAGGUGUCAUCCAAAGACAAGAAUACCCAGCGUUUUGAGAAGCGCAUCCGGGACCUGGAACAAGAGAACGAAAUGAUGAAAAAGACACAGACGGCUUAUGAAUACAGCCAGAGAGAGCUGGAAACCGAGCUUCGUGAGGAGAAGUCCAAGACUCAGAAACAAAAACAUGAGCAGGAUCGUCUGAGGCAGGCCUUGAAGGGUGUGGCAGGCAGCGAGAAGGUGAAAUGGGAGAAAGAAUGCGAAAAGCGAGUCCGAGCCACUCAGAUGGAGAUGCAGACCAAGAUCUGGGUCAAGGAUGAGAAGUUACGACAGCUGAAGCAAAUCGUCUGUGCCCAGCAGGAGCGUGAGGACAAAGCACGCAAGGCCAAGGCUGACCUCAACCGCACCCGGUCUCCACCCCCAAAGACCACCCAGCCACCAGUCAAGCUCCGACAUCGUCGGUCAAGAUCCACGUCUAAUGCCUGGAUUGACCACAAGCCGGCGACAACACUUGAGACUGAGACUGUCCUACAGCCUGCCGGUCUGAAGAAGAAACACACUGUUGCUGUACCAACCGUCAAAGACUUGAAGGGAACAGAUAAUUACAUGCUGACGCACCAGGAGGAAGAUUCCAAGGGUGAAUUGGAGACUAAGCUCUAUAAGGCUGAAGUUCUCCAGACUCGCGGUGGUGGCAGAGCAGUGCAGUUUACCGACAUUGAGAAGCUGAAAACAGAAAGGCCCGCCUCCACCAGUCCCAAGGAUCGUAAAAGGCCUGCAGAGGAAGAGUUGGAAAGUGGAGAAUGGACUGACGUGGAGACCAGAUGUACUGUUGGUUAUGAGGGGCGGCCAGGCAAUGUAGAGCCUGCUGCUGUACAUAUUGUUCCCAGCAAGAAAAUGAAGAAAUGAGGCGUGGCUGUGAUGACAUGAGUGUUCAUUACUUGAUGUAGAUUUCAAAUCAUGACAUUGCAAUUAGAUCAGACAGUAUUGCCAGCCUAGUAUUAAAUGCCUUGCAAAGAUGAAAACAAAAACCAUGUAGUGUCCACAAAGGGUAUGAAGACUUGUAGUGUAAUUUAGGCUUUGAUAGACCCGGAUCCUUGCAAAAGUAACAGGAUGGUGGACUUGGCAAAAGUUUGAAGCUACGUCAGGCAGUUAAAGUAGAAACGGUAGAUUUGUACAUGCAUCAACUGGCACAUUUGCUGUUCAUAAAAGGUCAUUUCUGAGAAGCUGCAAAAAUUUAUAGAUCUCCUGAGCCUUGUAAAAUAAGCUCAGAAAUUGUUUACAGGGGAGAGUGUCUUUUCUUUUCUCACAGCAGAAAUGUUUAAAGUACCCACUUUCAGGGAAUAUUGAGCACAAAAUCCUGAACAUGUUUUGUUAGGCAAAAUGUGGAAUCAGUUUGUCAGAUAUUCAUCCAUUAUACUCAAGAACUUUCCUUUUCUUUGCAAAAUAAGCUGUACAGACGUAACUUUGAUAUCGUAGAAAGAUGCAGUCAAGCAGUUCUGGGAUAUUUAAACAAUCUGACAUCACACUAAUAAGAGUGAAUCCUAAUGCAUUGCAAGAUGCAAGAAUGAAAAACCUAACGUCUCAAAUGAAUUGAGGCCUGUUUGUAACUCAGAAAAAGAGUGUGACAUUAUUGGAAAUACAAGGUUGCCAGGAUCAUGGGAAAUCCUGGUGAAAAAGUUGCCCUGAAAAGUUAGGGAAAAUUGGGAAAUGCAACAGUCCUGGGAUCCUGUUGUCAGAAGAAAAAUAUGUUUGUUACGGAAAUUAAGAUCACGUAAAGUUUAUUUUUGUUGCUUCUGUUGAUGUAAUAAGGGAAUAAUGACAAAUUUACAGGCUAUCCUUACCAGUCUGUAGCAGUGGCUAUGACAGUCUACCAGUUCAUAAUACCAAACACUUUUCUGCAGAAAAAAUAUUAAAAUCGUCAUAUUUUGGUUUCAGAAAAGUCAUGGAAUUAGUUUUCAGAUUUAUAUGGGAUCCCUGAAAUAGUUUCAGUACGAUUUCACUUUUUAACUUUGCGCUGAGUUUGCUCUGGCCUGAAGGUGAAACAACAACACAGUUGUGGAGAAUUGCAUCAAAUUAAAACAUUCAGGAAACCUUUUUAGUAUUAGCCAAGAGGAAAGACCUGCAUAUAUUCAAGUUUGAACAUCAGUUAGAUGCAAUUCAAUUGUUAUAUUGCUUCCCUGAUAUUUGGAUGCAUAACUUUCAUCAUUUUGUCUCCGACUUCUUAGUAUUAACAGAUUAGUCCAAGUAACCAGUGCAAACACAUUUUUGUUUAAACAACUUAAACUAGUAAUGCUACUUUUGCAAUCCUUUUUUUUUUCUUUUUAAAGGAAUAGGGUUCACAGAAGAAAAGAAAACGUUGUAAGCAUCUGAUCAAGAACAAGACAACAUAAAGCUUGAUAGUUAAUCAUGUCAGUGCCUAGUGUUAAUGUAAAUAAAUGUCCAUAUUAAAUUUUUGUUAUUGUUCUCGUCAAAGUUGUUUAGAAGUUAUCAUGGUUUCAUAAAUUUUUUAGUGUUGGUUGCGCAAGUCACAAAAAAGAACUUUCUGGAGGGAGCUGAAAAUAAAUUGUAAUCAGACGAUACCAUUUUUGCUGCAUACAAGAAAACUCACAGUAUUACACUGUUCUGUAAAACCACUGACCAGAUAAUUUGCUGAAACCUGACUGUAGGUCUUGUGCUUUCUGUCCAACAUAGUUAUUCAAUUCUGAAAAGAGAAAUCAGACAAGCCUUCUCGCAAGAUGUCUGGUACACUGUACAUUGUAUUCUGCCUAUGUAAUAUUUCUCCCUACGGCAUUUUCUGUUGCUGUAUCACGUGAUUUCAUACAAACCCUGCCUCGUAGCUUUAUUCAAGAAAACUGUCUGCAACGUGUAUGAAAUUUCAGAGAAUUGUCUUCCAUGUAAUGUCUGAAAACUUCGCUUCAUAUUUGAACGUUACAAACUCGUGCUGAUCACGUGCCAUAGCAACGGGAUUUUUGUCCACGAUGAAUCCAUGCUUUCCUUGGGCAAAUUAUGAACUCGCUAAACCUCAAAAUGUAUUCAUAUCUUGCAAUAUUGGGUGCAACUUUUCUUUCUGAGCAAGGCGACAGUAACUUAGUCCAAACUGAGCACGCUGAAAUUUCUCCAGUGUACAAUGCAUUACAGUAGAAAGCCAACAAGGGCUUUUGCGCAAUUUACUCCGUAUGUACAAAGUAAUGUGGAAGACAUGUACAUAUCAGUAACCAUAUUACCUGCAUGUACGAAGAUCUUUGAUUUGUUUUGUGUGUCUUUAUAUCAUUAAAAAGGUGGAAAAAACCUACA